AGUUGGAAGGGAUUUUGGUAAGCCAAGCGGACUUCUGCGGCUGUGGGGCCUGGCAGCUGCGCCUUAUCUCCCAGAAUUUAGUGAUUUCACGCUGGGAUUCUUCCUUGGCUGCUUCUCUGCAGGAAAUUUAGUCUCCAGAUUUUGCAAGGAAAAGCUAAGGCCAGCCGCCUCUCUCGGCCUGCGCGCAGCGUACAGGUUAAACUAUUUUCUAAGAAUCUGGAGGAAAAUAUUUGUGCAUUUUAUGUAUCUGAAGAAGUAAGAAAGGAUAAAAUGGAUCACCCAUGUACUUCCAGGCAGCGUAACACAGUAGAAACCAUGGCCGACAGUAGCGUAUUAACAUCCACUGCGGGGAGGGCUAGCUUGGCAGACUCUUCCAUGUUUGAUUCUAAAGUUGCUGACAUUUCCAAGGACAACUUACCUACUGGAGCUACUUCAUAUGUUGAUGAGGAAAUGCCUCAGAUUGAAACAAGAGUGGUACUGGUUCGAGAAGCUGGAAAACAGGAAGAACUUGUGAAAGCCUUACAGACCAUUAAAAAAAUGGAAGUCCCUGUUAUAAAGAUUAAAGAAAGUUGUCCUGGAAAAGCGGAUGAAAAAUUAAUAAAAAGUAUUGUUAACAUGGAAAUCAAAGUGCCUUUUGUCAAGAUGGAAUCACUUGAAGAAUUGGAAGAUUUGGAUUCUCCAGAAUUUGAAAAUGUGUUUGUGGUCACGGACUUCCAGGAUUCUGUCUUUACGGAUUUACACAAGACUGACUGUAGAAUUAUUGGACCACCGGUUAUAUUAAGCUGUGCACAGAAAGGGGAGCCUUUGCCUUACUCCUGUCGCCCACUGUACUGUACCAGCAUGCUGAACCUGGUGCUGUGCUUCACUGGAUUCAGGAAGAAAGAAGAGCUAGUCAGAUUGGUGACAUUGGUCCAUCACAUGGGUGGAGUUAUUCGUAAAGACUUUAAUUCAAAAGUCACACAUUUGGUGGCAAAUAGUACACAAGGUGAAAAAUUUAGGGUUGCUGUGAGCCUGGGAACUCCAAUUAUGAAGACAGAAUGGAUUUAUAAAGCUUGGGAUAGGCGAAAUGAACAGGGUUUCUGUGCAGCAAUGGAUGACUUUAGAAAUGAAUUUAAAGUUCCUCCCUUUCACGAUUGCGUUUUAAGUUUCUUGGGAUUUUCAGAGGAAGAUAAAACUAACAUGGAAGAGAUGACUGAAAUGCAAGGAGGUAAAUAUUUACCAGUUGGAGAUGAAAGAUGUACUCACCUUAUUGUUGAAGAGAAUAUAGUAAAGGAACUUCCAUUUGAACCUUCAAAGAAGCUUUAUGUUGUCAAGCAAGAGUGGUUUUGGGGAAGCAUUCAGAUGGAUGCGCGAGCUGGGGAAACUAUGUAUUUGUAUGAAAAGGCUAGCACUCCUGAGCUCAAGAAAUCCGUGUCACUGCUUUCUCUCAGUACCCCAAACAGCAACCGCAAAAGACGGCGUCUGAAGGAGUCGCUGGCUCAGCUUAACAGAGAGACGGAUUUGUCACCUUUCCCGCCCCGUAAACGGCCAUCGGCUGAACAUUCCCUUUCUAUAGGGUCACUCCUGGAUAUCUCCAAUACACCAGACUCCAGCAUUAACUAUGGAGAAACACCGAAGUCUUGCACUAAAUCAUCCAAAAAUUCCACUCCAGUUCCUUUAAAGCAGUCAGCCCGAUGGCAGGUUGCAAAAGAGCUCUAUCAGACUGAAAGUAAUUAUGUAAAUAUAUUGGCGACAAUUAUUCAGUUAUUUCAGGUUCCUUUGGAAGAGGAGGGACAGCGUGGUGGGCCUAUCCUUGCCCCAGAAGAAAUUAAGACAAUUUUUGGUAGCAUUCCAGAUAUCUUUGAUGUACAUACUAAGAUAAAGGAUGAUCUUGAAGACCUUAUUGUUAAUUGGGAUGAGAGCAAAAGCAUUGGUGACAUCUUUCUUAAAUAUUCAAAAGAUUUGAUAAAAACCUACCCUCCCUUUGUAAACUUCUUUGAAAUGAGCAAGGAAACAAUUAUUAAAUGUGAAAAACAGAAGCCAAGGUUUCAUGCUUUUCUCAAGAUAAAUCAAGCCAAACCAGAAUGUGGACGGCAAAGCCUUGUUGAACUUCUCAUCCGACCGGUGCAGAGAUUACCCAGCGUUGCAUUGCUUUUAAAUGAUCUUAAAAAGCAUACAGUUGAUGAAAACCCUGACAAAAGCACUUUAGAAAAAGCUAUUGGAUCACUGAAGGAAGUAAUGACGCAUAUUAAUGAGGAUAAAAGGAAAACAGAAGCUCAAAAGCAAAUUUUUGAUGUUGUUUAUGAAGUAGAUGGAUGCCCAGCCAAUCUGUUAUCUUCUCACCGAAGCUUGAUCCAGAGAGUUGAAACAAUUUCUCUAGGUGAGCACCCCUGUGACAGAGGAGAACAAGUCACUCUGUUCCUCUUCAAUGACUGCCUGGAGAUAGCAAGAAAGCGACACAAGGUUAUUGGCACUUUUAGAAGUCCCCAUGGCCAUACCCGACCUCCAGCUUCUCUAAAGCAUGUUCGUUUAAUGCCUCUUUCUCAGAUUAAGAAGGUGUUGGACAUAAGAGAAACAGAAGAUUGCCAUAAUGCUUUUGCCUUGCUUGUGAGGCCACCAACAGAGCAGGCUAAUGUGCUGCUCAGUUUCCAGAUGACGUCAGAUGACCUUCCAAAAGAAAACUGGCUAAAGAUGCUGUGUCGACAUGUAGCCAACACCAUUUGUAAAGCGGAUGCUGAGAACCUUAUGUUUCCUGCAGAUCCAGAAUCUUUUGAAGUAAAUACUAAAGAUAUGGACAGUACGUUGAGUAGAGCUUCUAGGGCAAUAAAAAAGACUUCGAAAAAGGUUACCAGAGCAUUCUCUUUCUCUAAAACUCCCAAAAGAGCUUUCCGAAUGACUCUUUCGGCAUCGCAUAGCUCAGCAGAAGGAAGAAGCCCUACCAGCAGCGAUAAGCUGGCAGUGAGUCGUCUGCCUAGUACAUCGUCAUUGGCAGGUAUCCCGUCUCCUUCCCUUGUCAGCCUGCCUUCCUUCUUUGAAAGGAGAAGUCAUACUUUAAGCAGAUCUACAACUCAUUUGAUAUGAAGCCUAAAAACUUAAAGGACAGAGAUGUAUUAAUAGCUCCUACUCAAAAGAGACACUGACUUAGAUGGUACUUGGAACUAGCACUUGGUGGAAGCUGGGAAGAUGUUAACACUAAUGUUUGCCGUUUGAUUUUCUUCUCGAAGGAGUAAAAGUUUGUCUUACAUUUUUCAAGCCACUGUAAAAAAUUUUAAUGAUUUUGAUGUAACUUAUCUCUUUGAUUGAAUUCCUCAUUCAAUGACCAGUAAUUUAAGUUAUUCAUGAUAUUAGUAGUUUUGCAACCCUGAUGCAGUAAAUAAAUGUUAUUGGUGGGUACCAAAUCCUGCUGUAAAUCCAUUUGUAUAGUAUCAGUGAAUGAAUUUGUGGAAAUACAUAUUUGUGAAUCUCAGUUUAUAUAGAAAUUAAAUAAUACUACAGUGCUUACCAGUUGAAAUUUCUGAAUAAAUAGAGGAAUCUUCAAGAUGUAGCAUCUGCAAUGUAAAGGGUUUUCCCAAUAAGACCAAUACUUAAAGGGAAUUGCUUGAAAAUACUUUUCAAAUUGAGAGACUCACAGAAGGAUUAGAAAGUACUCAUUUUGUGAAAGCAGAUGAUUGAUAAAUACUAGCAGCUAUUUCCCAGGCAAUAUUUAUGGUGAUUUUACACUGGCAAAUCUUGUUAGUUUGGUAGUGUGUGGACCUGUGUUUUGGAAGACAAAACCAUGAGAAAAGUGUAGUAAAGGCUGUUUAUAUUUUUUCAUGGAAUAAUUCUAAAGUUGUUAUCAUUUUUAUAAAUCUGUGAAAUGCACAGAUACAGAUAUAGUCAAUUUUUAUAGUGGUCUUAUAAUUACAUGUAAAAUUGAAAUUUUAUCUGGUGUUUUAAAAUAUUUUUCAAAGCCCUGAUGUCAUCUUUCACAAUAGUCUUGUUUUCUAAUAGUCAGGAAUACAAAAUAGUCAGAUUCCUAUGAUUAAAUGCAUUUUUUAAACUUGCUAUCUGUUUUGUUGGGGCCAAGGCAAACAUUUAAUUAUCAUUUAACAAUGUGCAGUUAUCUGCUUUAAUUGUUUAACUGACCAUAGCUUUUUUUCCUGUGCUAUCAAUGUGCUACUUCAGCAAUUAGCUUAUGACCCCUUUUUUGCUGUAUUUUAAAAGCAGUUAUGUUAAUAAGAGCUUUGUAAAUAAAUGCUUAAAAC